CUGACCCCAGCAUGGGCUCCUUCUCCACCAUCACCGCGAGCUUCCUCCUCUUUCUGGCCGUUCAGCUCCCCGGGCAGACCAGAGCUAACCCCGUGUACAGCUCUGUGUCCAAGACCGAUCUGAUGGAUUUCAAGAAUCUGCUGGACCGUUUGGAGGACAAGAUGCCUUUAGAAGAUGAGGUCCUGUCCCCACAAGUACUAAGUGAGCAGAAUGAAGAAGCUGGAGCAGCUCUCAGCUCCCUCCCUGAGGUGCCUCCCUGGACAGGGGAGGUCAGCCCAGCCCAGAGAGAUGGGGGUGCCCUUGGGCAGGGCCCCUGGGACUCCUCCGAUAGAUCUGCCCUCCUGAAAAACAAGCUGAAGGCGCUGCUUGCUGCCCCCCGGAGCCUGCGGAGGUCUAGCUGCUUCGGGGGAAGGAUGGACAGGAUUGGAUCCCAGAGCGGACUGGGCUGUAACAGCUUCCGGUACCGAAGAUAAUGGCCAGACCCAGCAGGCUUCAACAGACCCUCAUCCCCUGGGGUCUUUCACU